CUCCAUAGUACCCGCUUUUAAAUGUAAUUGCAUGAGGUGUUGCAGUGUCUGGCUCAGUUUCGGAAUCCAACAAGAGACCUGGCUCAGUUUCAGAACUUGAUCUGAACCUAGCCAGACAAUUCUGACUUUUUGCAAAUGCAAAUAUCUCUCUUUCAGAGUUUUUUUUUUGUUUUUUGUUUUUUGCUUAUUUAGGCCUUGUCUACAUUACAGGGGAAAUUUGAUCUAAGCUAUGUAAUUUGAGUUACUGUACGUUGACUUAAAUAGCGUAACUCAAAUCGAUGUAGCUUAGAUCUACUUAUCGUGGGGUCCACACUAUGCGAUGUCCAUGGGAGAUGGUCUCCCGUUGACUCCCCCUACUCUUAUCAAUCUGGUGGAGUACAGAAGUCGACGGGAGAGCGAUCUGCGGUCGAUUUAGCAGGUCUUCACUAGACCCGCUAAAUUGACUGCCAGUGCAUCGAUCACCGCUCGUCAAUCCGCAAUGGUGUUGUUCUAGUAUGGUAUGGAAGAGCCAAAUGGAACCCUUUUCUGACUUCACUUAUCAUGCAAGUUCAGAGGUUAAUAUAGCAGUUUUUGAAAGCAGUCCAGCAGACUAAACGAAGGAGACCAAAGGUCAGAUUCUCAUAGAUCAUAUCUGCAACUACUACAGCUUACUGGAAAAAGACUAUUUUGGCAUUCGAUAUGUCGACCCUGAGAAACAGCGGCACUGGCUUGAGCCCAACAAGUCUAUCUCCAAGCAAAUGAAAUCUCAUCCACCAUAUACCAUGUGCUUUAGAGUGAAAUUCUACCCACACGAACCCUUGAAGAUUAAAGAAGAGCUCACCAGAUAUCUUUUGUAUCUACAAAUAAAAAGGGACAUUUUCCAUGGUCGUUUGCUGUGCUCUUUUUCUGAUGCUGCCUACUUGGGUGCCUGUAUUGUCCAAGCUGAGCUUGGUGAUUAUGAUCCUGAUGAACACCCAGACAAUUACAUUAGCGACUUCAAGAUUUUUCCCAAACAAUCACUGAAGCUGGAAAGGAAAAUUGCUGAAAUACAUCAAAAUGAAUUCAGUGGACAGAGCCCAGCUGUUGCUGAAUUUAAUUUACUACUGAAAGCACAUUCUUUGGAAACCUAUGGUGUUGAUCCUCAUCCUUGCAAGGAUUCAACCGGAACCACUACUUUUUUAGGAUUCACAGCAACGGGCUUUGUAGUUUUCCAGGGAAAUAAAAGAAUUCAUUUGUUAAAAUGGGCUGAUGUCUGUAAAUUGAAAUUUGAAGGGAAGACAUUUUAUGUGCUUGGAGCUCAGAGAGAGAAAAAGGCUAUGUUGUCAUUUCAUACCUCUACACCAGCAGCCUGCAAGCAUCUUUGGAAGUGUGGGGUGGAGAACCAGGCUUUUUAUAAGUAUGCAAAAUCAAGUCAGAUCAAGACGAUGUCCAGCAGCAAAAUAUUUUUUAAAGGCAGUAGAUUUCGAUAUAGUGGAAAGGUCGCCAAAGAGGUGGUUGAAGCAAGUUCUAAAAUCCAGAGAGAACCUCCUGAAGUGCACAGAACCAGCAUUCCUCCGAGUCGUAGCUCUCAUUCCUUGAAUAAACAACUCAUAAUCAAUAUGGAACCACUGCAGCCCCUCCUCCCUUCGCCAAGUGAGGAAGAAGAGGUUCUUUUAGAUGAAGGUAUUCAGCUGCCUAAGGAAGAUGAAAUUUCUGUACCUGUGAUAUCUAAUUCCCCUGCUAAGGAUGCUGGGGAGAGUGUAGAUCUCACCACUGAAGAGGAAGAGAAGAUCAAAGAGGAACCUUUAACCAUCUCAGAACUGGUGUACAACCCAAGUGCCAGCUUGUUGCCCACCCCAGUUGAUGAUGAGAUUGACAUGCUCUUUGACACCCCAUCAAGAGCAGGGAAUGAGAGAGAAGAUACAGAUUCAUUUGAGGAACUGGAAGCGGAUGAAAAUGCGUUUUUGGUUGCUGAGGAAGAGGAGCUGAAAGAAGCCCGUAGAGCGCUUAGGUGCAGUUAUGACUUUGUAAUGGGCAACAUGCAGGUAAAUGCCUUUGUGAAGAGCUUCUCCAGGCUUCUUUUUGUAGGCCUUGGACUGUUGUUGUUCGUGUUUCCACUCCUCCUUGUCCUCUUGGAGUCGGACCUUGAUAUCUCCUUUCUUCAUGAAAUCCGUCAAACACCAGAGUUUCAGCAAUUUCACAUUGAAUAUUACUGUCCUCUUAGGCAGUGGGUGGCUUGCAAAAUAAACUUCAUUCGUGACAUGCUGGGAAACUCUUAAAUGUUAAAGAAAUAUGAUACAACUAAGGGCUAUAUUCAAAAUUUCAGUUAGCAUUAGCUUCUCAUAAUGCCCAUGGGGCCAUCAGCAGGUAGCUAUCUUCAUUUUCAAUCCAUUAAACACUGUUCAAGAUCUAACAUUUGCUUUUCAUAAACAGUUGCUUUAGUUAUAGGCUUAUCUGGUGGCCUUUAAAUAACCAAAAAGAGGUCUUAUUUUUAUUUCAGUGUUGACUUCCUGAUCAUCUGUUGUAUCAGACAAGACUGGAUAGUACUAGGGUUCAUUAUUUGCCAUUACAAGCCAUGACAUUCUGAAUCUCAAUGAUGAUAGAGCCAAGAAGGAAAUGUUUUUGAAUAUACUCCUUAGUGGUGUAACAGUCUUUUCUAACCAAUGCCUAUACAAGCAAUGUUUAUGCUGGGUUUUUGUUUCUUGAUUUGUUUUUUGUUUUUUAUAUUUUUGUGUUUAAAAUAUUUUGGUAAAUUUUUAGCAAAAGAUGACUUCUGAAGUUGUUUAAGUGUACAGAUUGGUAAAAUUAAUGCACAAGGGCAUGUAGGGGAUUUUUUAAUGUUUUACCAAUGGUUUGUUUUUAAAAUAUUUUGGAUGGACAAUGAGUUCAUUAUAACUCUAUAAAAGAUGGCCUACAGUUUGUAGAACAUACAGAAAGUUUAUUCAAGUGCGGGGGGACUGGUGAGGGGAGAUGAAAUGACACACAAUCCUCAAGUAAGUUUUUAAUGGCACAGUUCUAAAGCUAAAGGGGGUGAAUUUCAUUGAGAAAAUGAUAAUCCACCUUCAUCUGUGUCCUGUCAUCUUACACUUCAAUCAGUGCUAAGUUUUUACAAGACAGUGUAAGUAAGUUUUGCCAGAAGGUGAUGGAUCUUUGGACUAAAUGUAGAUUAUUGUACAUAACAUGGAAAGAUGAAGAGAGAGUAAAUAUCAGAAAUGUCUAGCUAUAUUGGUAGAUAAGUAACCUACUUUUUAAAAAUGGCUAGAGAAUAAAAAGUAUAAAAUACUUUAAAAAUCAAGGCAUUAGAUUGUACCGUUGACAUGCAGAUAUUCUACUGAAUCAUAAUAAAAGGACAAAAUAUUUUUAA